UUAUUACGAAGCUAACAAGAUUCAAUUGAUAUAUUUUUUCUUUAUAGAUUAUUGUACAUUCAAGGUCAAAGUUUGGUCUAAUUAGACAAUCAGAUUUGGUCAGGUCAGAUAAUUUCAGAUAAGCACAUAUAAGGCGAACUAAACAGGGCCUUUGACCCAUAAAGGGCCACUAUGACCCCUAAAACCAUAAUCGAACAGUUAUAGCACGAAAAUUGACACAUUUCUUGACACGCAUAUGAGACAUUAGAUGUUUAUAAGGGGUAUUAUAGUCUUUUUCCUAAUUAGCUAACUUUAUUUAAUAGUUUUUUACGGUGUUAGCCACAGUUGAAAAAAAGCACAUGUGUACCAAUGAGAAGACAAAACUUCAAGUUUGUAUCAAUGAGAGAAAUCAAUACCACAGUACUAAUGGGAAUUUUCCGAAAUAAAGAAAGACUUUAAAUAUAUACUUUGUAUAUAAUUUAAAUAUUAGUAAAAGAAUAUUAAAAACUUAUACUCCCUUUGUUUCACAAUUGAUCUUCCAAUUUUGAUUAUACACGCUUGCCAUUUGUCAAUCAUUUCUUUAACCAAUUUAACUCGAUUUGCAUGCCCGAAAAUCAUCUAGUUCAACUUAAGGACUCAUUUUGAUCCUUGUGGAUUCAAUUGAGGUCAAAAUAGAUAAAAAUAAAAAAUAAAAUAAACAACCCAUGAAUGCUUCAGUUGCAUGUCCAAAAUCGUCUCAAAAUGCGUAGUAAGAAAAUUUAUCUAUUAGAAUUUUAGGGGUAAUUUUGGUUCUUAAGAGUCCAAUUAGAGGUUAAAAAUGACAAAUUUACUAGACAUUGGUUUGCUUACUCAAAAAUCGUCUCAAUUUAUGUGUCUAGAAAAUUGUUCGAUUUUAUUCCUUAAGGUUUUGAAAGAAUAUCAUAAACAUCUUGUUUUACGUGUCCAGAAACGUCUUGAUUUUCCUGCCAUGGGUUAAACAUGAUUAAUAAAGGGUUAAUUGCUAGGGUUUUAUCACUGUGGAUUUCUGUUUUUUUGUUUUCAAAAUUUUAAAAACAUCUUUUUUCGUGUUUUCUUUUUUUGGUUUUUUUGUUUUCAAGAUAUCAACAAACUGAAAACAAAAACAAUGUCAAACAUGCGUUGAAUUAGCGGUUUUGCGUUAUGUAAAAAUCCAAUUUUUCAUGAGGUGAAUUAGCGUUUUUAUAUAAGGUAAAAUUAAUGAUUUUUUGAGGAAUUUAAUGAAAAUGUCCCAAAGUGUGUAUCUCGUUGAAAGUUAUUGUUUUUUGGCUUUAGAAGCUUAGAACCCUCCCUUCAAAAAAGCUUAGAACCCUAAAACCCCCGAAAAACCCCCAAAAACAAAUACCUGGGAAGAAAUGAUAGGACGAGCAAGAGCAAUUCAAUUGCUCCAAAAAGUAUUAAUGUUUGAAACCCAGAAAAUGGCUUCCUCAAAUCUGAGUCCUGGUUGUGUAAGAAGAAGCAGCAGCAGUUAUGUCACCCAAAUGAGAAAGUCGAGCAUUGAUGCAAAUACCUUACGACUUCUCCGCAAUGAGAUUCAAUAUGAAGUUGAUCGUUCCCCUCUCCAACAGCCACCUUCUGAGAUCAAUGGAUUCAAGGUGGAUGAGCGGCCUGGUGAGCAUUGGAUUAGCUUGGAAAAACAAUUUGGAGAGAAUGAAGUGAUUAAACUCGAAGUCACUAUGUUUGAUGGUUCAGUCCACGUUCCUAACCAGGGUGAGAAACCUGGUCUGCCUGGCCAGGAUGUUCAAUUGCAUAUAUCGAUGAUAGUUAGUAUUUUCAAGAACAACUCUAACCAAGUCCUCGAGUUCGUCUGCUCUGCUUGGCCUGACACUAUAGCAAUCUCUAAACUUUUUGUGCGUCAGCAGGCUAAGGUGCCACUUAACCCUUAUACCGGUCCUAAAUUCAGGGAGCUGGAUGAUGAGCUACAAAAUUCACUGUAUGAAUUCUUGGAAGAAAGGCAGAUAGACGAUACACUUUGUGUUUUCUUGCACAACUAUGUAAAUUAUAAAGAGAAGGCUGAACACAUUCGUUGGAUGAACUCUGUAAAGUCAGUGAUGGAGAAGUAACAUGUUUGCCUCUAGAUGAAUGUGCUUCAUGGCGCAACUUGAGCAGUUAUCUUGAAUACUCAAUCUAUAAUGGUCACUUGUGCUCUAAUGUAAGUGAUGGGAUUUUCUGCAAGGAUUUAUUUUUCCAUUUCGGCAGGUACAGUUGUGAUUUCCAUAAUAGAACAUUGCUGUCAUGUUGAUAAUAUCACUGUGCGGUGUUAUAAUCAAUGCUAAACUUUGUAUCCUAUGACCAACUUGGAUUAGGGAUUCAGAGUUGUAGAGGGAUUGGAUAGUGCAAACUA